AAAAACAAUAACAACAGCAACAACAACCACAGCGAUUAAGCCUAGCUCAACUGGUAUUUAUAUGAGUUCACAAUGUGCUCGAAGGCAAACAGUUGCUCGACGACUUGUAAGACAAUGACUACUUGUGCAAUCUCCCCACCGGUUCUCAAAAGCAAAGAGACUGCUAGGAUCGUGAUCAUUGGAUCGGGUCCUUCAGGCAUCGCAGCUGCCACUCGGUUGAUCGAACAAGGGUUCAAGAAUGUGCGCAUUCUGGAGGCAGAGAAUCGCAUUGGAGGACGCAUCAAUAGCAUCGAAUAUGCGGAUAGCAUUGUGGACUUGGGUGCUCAAUGGUGUCAUGGCGAGACUGGAAAUGUGGUCUACGAACGCAUGAAGGAUUUGAAUGUGCUGCAGAAGACCGGGGACAUUGCCGAUGUUGUGCGCUUUGUGCGCUCCGAUAAGGCGAAUCUUUCCGAGGAGACCGUCAACAAGUUGAUGAAAAUCGCUUUAGGAUCUUUGCCUGGCGAGAAUGUUCCAGCUUUCAAUGGCUCCUUGGGUGACUAUGUGACGAAGAAGUAUUGGGAAGAGGUGGACAAGUUGGAGAAUGUUGAUCGCGCUCUGGCCAGCGAGCUGUUGCAAAACUUUCUCAACUUCGAGUGCAGCGUCGAGGGUUCGGAUCAUCUGUUCGAGGUCUCUGGACGCGGUCAUCUAGAGUUUGUGGAGAGUGGAGGCGACAAUUCUGUUCAUUGGUGCAACAAAGGUUACAAAACUUUUCUGCGUGUGCUGAUGAACUCCAAGCCCGAUGAUCCCAACGAUCUGGGAGUGCUCAACGGUCAUGUGGAGCUGAACAAACGCAUCGUCGAGAUCAACUGGCAGGGCACGAAUGAAGUGCAUCUGCGCACCUGGAAUGGUGAACUGGUGACAGCGGAUCACGUCAUCUGCACCGUGUCUCUGGGUGUUCUCAAGGAGCAACAUGAGAAGCUCUUUAUCCCGGCGCUGCCCGAGGCCAAGUUGCGUGCCAUUAACGCACUCAAACUGGGCACAGUGGACAAGUUCUUGCUGGAGUACACUAAUGAGCAACCCAUGCCCAAGGAUUGGCCUUCUGUGAACUUUUUAUGGCGCGAACAGGAUCUGCAAGAGUUGCGUGGCACUAAACGCUUUUGGCUUGAGAGCGUUGGCUACUUCCACAUUGUGCUCUGCCAGCCGCGUUUGCUGGAGGGUUGGAUCAUUGGCGAACAUGCACGCUAUAUGGAAACGCUGCCCGAGGAGGAAGUGCUCGAGGGUCUACAGUGGCUAUUCCGCAAGUUUUUGCCCUUCGACAUGCCGCAGCCAAAGAGCUUCCUGCGCACGCAGUGGCACUCGAAUCCCAAUUUCCGUGGCAGCUACAGCUAUCGCACCACAUAUGCGGAUGCAUUGCGCACUGGUCCUUGGGAUCUGGAGUCGCCACUGGGCGAUGUGAGUGGCAAGCCAAGGUUGCAGUUUGCCGGAGAGGCGUCGAGCAAGACGCACUACUCGACGGUGCAUGGCGCCACCGAGACGGGUUGGAGAGAGGCGGAUCGUCUCAAUGCUUACUACAGCAGGGACAGCCCAUCGAAGUAGAUUUGAAAAAGCACAUGAAAUGAUAAGGACAAUGAUGACGACUACAGAAACUCUAUUGAAUUGUAUACUUAUUUAACAAAUUGGCAAAAACUGUGAUUUAAAUUCUCAAAAAUUAAACAAACAUUCAGCAAAACUAA